AAGCCAGACCAACCCCCACACCAAGUGCUAUAAAGCCCUGAGAGACCAGCUGACCCAAGUUCCUUAUUCUCUAGAUGUUAGCUGAAAUUUUUAUAAAAUAAAUUUGCUGUUUUCACUUUUAAGUCAGCAAGCCGAAUUACUUGGAGGAGGAAAGCAGGAGGAGUAGAGGAGACAGAGAGAAGACAGCGGGAACACAGGAACCUUCGGGAUGAAGAGAAAACUUAUGUUCUUGCCUCCAUCCACCGCCAUACCAGAAAUGGAAUCCAAUGGCACCUUCACCAGUAACAACAGCAAUGGGAACUGUACAAUUGAAAACUUCAAAAAGGAUUUUUACCCUACCGUGUACCUGAUAAUAUUUAUCUGGGGAACCUUGGGAAAUGGCUUUUCCAUAUACGUUUUCCUGCAGUCUUAUAAGAAGUCCACGUCUGUGAAUACUUUCAUGCUAAACCUGGCCAUUUCAGAUUUCUUAUUCACAAGUACACUACCCUUCAGAGAUGACUAUUGCCUCAGAGGCUCCAAUUGGAUAUUUGGGGACCUGGCCUGCAGGAUUAUGUCUUAUUCUCUGUAUGUCAACAUGUACAGCAGCAUUUAUUUCCUGACCGUGCUGAGCAUCGUGCGUUUCCUGGCAACCGUUCACCCCUUCAGGCACCUCCAUGUCACCAGCACCAGGAGUGUCUGGACUCUGUGUGGGAUCAUAUGGUUCCUUAUCAUGGCUUCCUCAGCAGUGCUUCUGAACAAUGGCUCUGAGCUGAAUGGCAGUGUCACAUUAUGCUUAGAGCUGAAUAUGCGUAAAAUUUUUAAUCUGCAGACCAUGAACUACAUUGCCUUGGUGAUGGGCUUCCUGCUGCCAUUCUGCAUGCUCAACAUUUGUUACCUGCUGAUCAUUCGAGCUCUGUUAAAAGUGAAGGUCCCAGAACUGGGUGUGCGGGUUUCUCACAAGAAGGCUCUUAUCACCAUCAUCAUUGCCUUGAUCAUCUUCCUCCUGUGUUUCCUGCCCUAUCAUGUACUGAGAACCCUCCACCUGCUUGCAUGGGAAGUGGGUGUAUGCAGAGACAAGCUGCAUAAAGCUGUGGUCAUCACACUGGCCUUGGCAGCAGCCAAUACGUGCCUCAAUCCUUUGCUCUAUUACUUUGCUGGGGAAAAUUUUAAGGACAGGCUAAGGGCUACACUCAGAAAAGAUCACCUACAAAAGACAAAGUGCAGCAUUCCUGUCUGCAUCUGGUUGAAAAAGGAAACACAAGUUUAAGGGUUUUGUAGAUAAGGCCUGUUCUUGUAUCCUUGUGCUCACAUUCAUUCACACGUAGUCUCAAAUGACCAUAUAUUUACACCAUUUCCAACAAAGGUCAAUCAAGUCCUACUUCAAACAUUUUAUUAGGUGUGUUUUCAGUGGUUGAGUCUAGAUGAGAAAUGUAGCAGGCAAAGUCUCUACUAGUCUUGCAACCUAAAAGGUCAGACUGGGGAAAAAGUGCUUAGCAUAUUGUGUGCUUCUUUUUGUCAGAUUCUGUACCAGAUCUUGGUCCCACCAGGCAUUCUAGAUUAAGGUUAAGACAAUCUCAACUUGUCCAGCUUCUCCAGCCCCUCUUACAUCUUCAAUCCUUUAAGAUAUAGCCAGUUAACAAAGCUAAAGGAGGUUCCAGAGCAGAUAAGAAAAGCAUCCUAGGAAUUCACUGAAAAGACUUUGUGAAGAAGGUUGCCCUUUAACAGGUCCCAAACAAGAACAGUGAGAGAGAAAGGGAGAGGAGGUCUGGGGCAAGAAAGAGCUGGUGAAAAGUAGGGAGAAGGAGAUAUUUCAUUUUGGACUGAGAUAGAGGCUCUAGCACACUGAAGGCAAGAAAGUUCUCUUUGCCUCUUUCUUGCCAGGAGGCUAGAAAGGAUGGGAAGAGUAGGAGGAAGAACUAGGCCAUUGCCUAGGAUUAGAGGGAUUAUGGGUGAAAAUACAGAGAAGAGGGAGUCAGUUUUACUCUUGGGAUUUGGGUUUGGACUGACUUCACUUCAGUUCUCAGUCUUGCACAUUAAUCCAAUGGGGUGGGAGCCAGAACAGAGGAGGUUGCUCUAAGUGUUUGGGUGGGCACUGAGAGAGAGUGUGGAGUAGAGGAUAAAUCACAAAGGUUGUUGUACCUCUGAAAUUCUACUAAUAUGCUGGCAAAACAUGAAUAGGGUGGCUUUCCUUUUGAGAGAGUAUAGAAAAGAACUGGAUAUUGGGAAGGGGUUCUUUUGUCCACUGAAACAAACCUAGUGAGACUACCAACUGCUACCUCCCAGACCACUGUACCAUGAACAAUUGAAUGCCCUCUCCAUGCUGGGCAGACUGUGCCAGACAUUUCGCAUUCAGCAGCCCCAUUUAACCUUCACACCAAAGCCUUGUGUUUCUACUUCACGAAUGAAAAAAUUGAAGCUCAGAGUAAUUAAGAAGCUUGUUCAAGUUCACAAGCUUGUAAGUGUUUAAAAAAUAUCUGUGGAGAAGAGAUAGCUGGGUGUUUACUCCACUGCUUUCCCUAUAAAACUCCAGGAAGAUUGGAUGAAGGUCUGAAUAAAAGUUCCCUUUCCCCAUCAA